UUGGUUUAGUAAUUUUCUCUUUUGGCAGGCGGAAACUUCUUAAGUCAACACCUGUGGAGCUUCAACCGCAGCAUUUAUUCGGUGAUCCCAUUCCCCGCUUUCAUUAAUUAGUAUUCGAUUCGGCGGAAAGCUCUCUCUAACCACUAUGUCCGCUUUUAGCUACCUCUUCCAGAAUUUCUGUGGACUGUCGGCUUCUGUCCUGUUAUUCUCUCGAACUUCCCGGGGUCGCGGAUAAUUCAUUUACUUCUCGAUUAACCCUCCGGCUAGGAGAACCGUUCCAUUCUUUUUCCUCCCCGCCCCCGACUAAAGAUGCCUUUUUGAAGCUCCUCCCGUGAUCUCCUCCAAUUCUCGUCGACGUCAUCGGUCCGUGGAUUGCUUUUCCCGGAAAAAGGAAAAAAGAAAAAGGGAAGGGGAAAAAAGAAGCUAUAUGCUACCUCUGGAAAUAUCCCGGUCCCUUCCAUCUCUCCAUUCCUCCAUUUGUUUUGAAAGUUUCUACGAGGGACGCAAUUAGCCCAACAUGCGGCGCCAUGGCAGGUCCGGCGGAGGCUCGACCAAGGCUCUCACGCCGGUAUCAGACACCGUCUCAUUGAUCCAUUCAUUCGACUCGGUCAUGAACCCCAAUCGCCCCGUCCGCCCAUCCCCCUUGGCGUUUUCUCAUAUUCAAGCUCUCCCGCUGGAUCUGGUCGACCGGCUGCGCUCUUUCCCUCUAUUCCAAGCUACUCCGGAAUCCUUCUUGAUCGCAGUGGGACAGCAUUUGCGCCCCCAACUCCAUCAGGCCAAUGACUAUAUUUUGACGGAAGGGGACGAAGCCAAGGCGAUAUACUGGCUGGUCCGGGGCGCCGUCUCCGUUACCUCCCGCGAUGGCGAGAGUAUAUAUGCAGAUCUCGAGCCUGGCGCUUUCUUCGGCGAAAUCGGCGUGCUGAUGGAUCGUACGCGGACCGCCACCAUCGUGGCCCGUACCAGAUGCCUGCUGGUCGUAUUAACCAAGGAAGACUUUCGGAAUAUCCUUCCGCGCUUCCCAGAGGUGGAGCAGGCCAUCCGAGAUGAAGCCCAAGAACGACUGAUGCUUUUGGAGAAAAAGAAGAAAGAGACGUCGGCACCUCCAAUUGACGAACUGGUAUCCCGUAGAGGGAACAAACGACUGAGAGAAACCUUCUCUAAGGAUAUGUCUCUUGCUGAGCAAGAUGGUACAGCGUUGAACCUAAAGUCGGUCAACAAGAAACGCAAAUCUCCCAGCCCCGGUUUAGCUGAUGGGGUAUCUUCAAGUGCACUCGCAAACGGCCUUGUCAAUGUGCGUCUGUUACUCAAAGAAUUACCUCUAUUCUCAGGCCUUCCUGGUGAAAUUCUCCAUUUCUUAGGCCUCAAUGCCCAACCCCGGUCAUAUCCUCCUUUCACCGAUAUUAUCAAACAAGACUCGCAAGGGCGGGAAAUUUAUUUUAUCGUUCGCGGUGAGGUUGAAGUAUUGACGGAACGCACACGUCCCGACAAUCUGUCGCACUCCGUACCGAACACUAUCGAGCACCCUGGCUUUGAAGUGAAAGCACGACUAAAAGAGGGGCAGUACUUUGGUGAGGUCGUAAGUCUUUCUUUAGCACCACGCAGGACUGCAACGGUACGAUCUAUCAAUGCCGUUGAGUGUCUGAUGAUUAGCGGCGAUGUCCUUUCCGAAUUUUGGGACAAGUGCCCCCAUGAUGUCCGGCAACAGGUGGAGAAAACGGCCAAAGAGCGGCUGGAAUCAGCAGCGGAUGGCGAUGUUGUGAUGUCCGAGGCUGAUGGUAUUGGGCAAUUUGGUGGAGAGAGCAACUUUCGAGCAAGCGCCUCGCGACGCCGGUCCAUGCCUCUCCUCACACUCACGGAAACAGAACUGGACGGUCCGCACACGGACGACCAAACCGUGUUGCGGCCCUCGGAUCCAGAUCCUUUUCUCAAUGUUGGCUUAGACAAGGUCCGACUGAGAAGUAGACGCGGAUCCGUCGCCCCGUUGACACCAGAGGAGGUCUCCGGGGAACAGCAACGACCGUCACCACCAUCUGAACCUCGGUCGACAAGCUCGUCAUUUCUUACAUUGCCUGAGGCCGCUGUGUCGACCUCCCUCAAAACACAACGCGAGUCGCAUAAAGUCAAUCGUGGUGUGCUCCCUGAUAAUGUUUUGGUGAGGAUCUUCAACUAUCUAGAUCUCCAUCAUCUUUUUCAAAUACGAGCGGUCUCCCUUCAUUGGUCUGAGAUUAUCAAUAAAUCCACGGAUUUGCUGCAUGACCUGGAUCUAAGCAUGUAUAAUCGACAGAUAACUGAUGACGUACUGGUGAAAAUCAUAUGCCCUUUUGUUGGGACGAGAGCCCGGCAUAUUGAUAUCAGCAAUUGCUUUCACAUCACCGAUGAGGGGUUCAAUAAACUGGCUACCACCUGUGGCUCUAACGUCGUCUCGUGGAAGAUGAAAAGUGUUUGGGAUGUUACAGCCUCUGCCAUCCUUGACAUGGCAAGCACGGCAACCGGAUUGCAAGAAGUGGAUUUAAGCAACUGUCGUAAAGUGGGAGACACUCUCUUGGCUCGCAUUAUUGGAUGGGUCAUGCCAGGGCAACAUAAAGACGAGCCUGUGAAGACGGGUAAAGGGAUCCUAAAGCCCACCAUGCAAACGGCAGCUGGCACUGUGUUCGGCUGCCCCGAGCUGAGGAAACUGACACUGUCGUACUGCAAACAUGUCACUGACCGGUCAAUGCACCAUAUUGCGUCCCAUGCUGCCCACAGGAUCGAAGAAAUGGACCUGACACGCUGCACCUCCAUUACAGACCAGGGGUUUCAAUACUGGGGCAACGCGCGGUUCACCAAUCUGCGGAAGCUUUGUUUAGCCGACUGUACGUAUUUGAGCGAUCAAGCUAUUGUCUAUUUGACCAAUGCUGCCAAACAGCUUCAAGAAUUGGAUUUGUCGUUCUGUUGCGCACUCUCAGAUACAGCAACGGAGGUCCUUGCUCUUCAAUGUUCCCAAUUAACUUAUCUGAAUAUGUCUUUCUGUGGCUCCGCCAUCUCUGACCCGUCCCUGCGCAGCAUUGGCCUUCAUCUUCUGCACCUGAAGCGACUAUCUGUUCGUGGCUGUGUUCGAGUCACUGGCGCGGGAGUCGAGGCAGUCGCUGAUGGCUGUAAUCAACUGCAGUCCUUCGAUGUCAGCCAGUGCAAGAAUCUCACUCCCUGGCUCGAUGAUGACGGACCUUCCAAAUAUCAGAACCAAAUCAGUUUUGAGACAGUUGCCCAGAACGGCAGAGUAUUUCGAUGACUAUCACCCAAUCCUAGCCCAUCGGUCCUGAUUCCAAAUCUCUUGUCACUACUCAAUAUACUCUUGUCCAUUUGGAUCACUUUGCCACUUUUUGGCGUCAUAUUAUCUAACAUAUCUGAAACCGUAUUGUCUAAUACUUUCUCUUUCCUUUUUAUUGUAUCCUUCUUUCAUACAUUCGCUUGAUCUACCUCGGUGUUCUGUCCCCAGGAGUUAUGUAUUUUUUCUUGAAGGC